AUGGGCGGCAGCAAGGAGUGUAAAGCCUACAGCAAAAGUAUGGGGAAAAAACUUAAAUUGAACUGUGGUGGAUGCAACGGGUACUUCUAUCUCGACUGUGGGAAGGUUUCUGAAGUUGACGCUAGGCUCAUGCAUCAGGAAAAACGACCAUGGAAUUGCGAUGAAUGUACGAAAGAUCGUGUUGCUAGGCGUUCGACCAUAUUCAAUAUUUCUUCGUCGGAGUCUCAGUCUCAAGGCAUUGGCGAGCUGAAAUCGAUGAUAAGGGAAUUGCAGACUGAUGUGAGGGACAUGCGCAAUGCCAUGGACUUCCUCAAUGAAAAAUAUGAGGAUGAGAAAAAGAGGUCGAAAAUCAUGUCUGAUAUGGUCGGUGAAAUUUCGAAAGAAAAUCAAACGUUGAAGGAUAAAGUUGAGAAGUUGGAAGCUGCUUUAAUUGUGCAAGAAAAUGAGAAAAUUAAAAACAACAUUUGUAUUGAUGGAUUGGCAAAGGAUGGCGAAAGGGCCGACGGGGAAAAACUGAAAAAACUGUUCACUUAUUUGAAUACACCGGUGCCUGAUAAUGCAAUAGAAAAUAUGAAACAAGUUCAGACCAAAAACGGACCCAAGAUAAUCAUUACCUUGUCUACUCUAGACCUCAAGGAACGUAUCUUAAAGGCUCGCUCACAAAUAGGGAAAAUCACCAUUAGGAAGACUGGUUUGGGAGAAGAAAACUCGGCUAUAUAUAUUUCUGAAGAAUUGACCAAGGAGGUUUACUCCCUAUUCAAGUCCGCUGAAGGUUUGAAGGACAAAGGAUUUAAAUAUGUUUGGCACAAAAAUGGUACAGUUUUCGCGCGUAAACAGGACGGUGAAAAUGCAAUAUUGAUUAAAAAUUCUAACACUUUAAGUCAAAUGCUACUGUAA